UCCGGUUCCCACUUCUCCCGUUUACGCCCACCCGGUCAUGACUAUUGUCCCCGUCACGCGGCUGAGGCUUAAUUCUAUUUCUCUCUCUCUGACUGGCACUAUUGCACGCCUAGCUAUCCAUCAAUUUCCCUCUCUUCCCAACCCAAUCCGUCCAUCCCGCCGGACACACCCAGUCGUUUACUCCCAAUUCCCAACUCCCUCCCGGACACCCAACCAACCAACCAACCAACCAAGGGUCAAUCUGAUCCAAGGCCCGGACCGGCGGGGCCACAUUCCAUCCAUCCAAGAUCCAAUUAUCCAUCCCCUUCAUUCCGGACCUGUUACGCGAGCCCAGUCCAGCCCAGCCCAGUCCAGCCCGAUCCGAUCCAGCCAAAUCCACAUUCCUUUCACCCGAGCGUGACAGGUCCUUCCCUCCGCUCCGGUCCAGUACACGGUACAAUAGACUAGUGAUAUUUGAUUGGCAUGCCGAGCCCCUCCCGCCACCGGGAUCCCUCUCCCGAGCGGGAUCCCGAUCAAUUCCACUACUCGACCAGCGUGUAUACCCCCGGAUCCGUAUCUCGGGACCCGGACUCCGACUCCGACUCCGACGACGACGACGACGGGGGCUUCGUAUAUCGUCCGGGUCAUUACUACGCACAGGAGGGAUCGGGAUCGGGAUCGGGAUCGGGAUCUGUUCUCCCCCGCUCUUACAAUUACGAGAUUCAUGCUUAUGAUUAUGAUGACGAUGACGAGGAGGACGACGACGAUGAUGAUACUAUUCACAUUCCAACACACAACCCCAACCCCAACCCCAACCCCAACUCCAAUCUCAGCCCUAGCCUCAACUACGAUUCUCACGACCGCAACAACCAUGAAGAACCCACCUUCCCAGUCUCAGACCCCUACGUCCCCCUCCGCUCCCAGCCCUCCGGCCUCGAAUGGCCCCAGGGUCUCGUUCCCCGGGAAGAAGACGUCGUGAACGCGCGCGAACAGCACGCGAACACGAUCCGGGCUUUGGCGGCGAAUGAAGACGCAGACGAGGAUUUGCUGCCCGGGUUGCCUGUCGGGGAGCGGGUGAAGGGGGGCCGCAAAGAGCGACCGGAUCGGGAGACGCGUCGGCAGAGGAGGCGGGAGAGGUUGGCGGCCUUUUUCCGGAAGAAGGGUCGCGGGACGCAGGAGGAGCUGCUUAGUGGGGAUGCGUUGGCGAAGUUGUUGGGGUCGAAGGCGGGGGAGGAGGAUUGGUUUGGAAAUGAAGAUGGGGGUGGGGGUUGA